AUGUCCAACGUACUUGAUGCCAUUGUUGUUGGCUGCGGUUUUGGAGGCGUCUACAACCUCUAUAAACUUAAGCAACUCGGCCUCUCUGUAAAGGCCUUUGAAAAAGCUCCAGAUGUCGGUGGUACAUGGUACUGGAACCAGUAUCCCGGUGCUACUACCGACACUACUGCCGAGAUCUAUAGAUACAGAGAUGAUAAGGAGCUCUUGAACACUUAUCCUUGGUCAACACGCUACUUGUAUCGGAAGGAUAACCUGGAGUACCUAAAACAUUUUAUCGAGAGCCACAAUUUGGGACGGCAUAUCCAGUUAAGUGCAGAGCUAAAGUCAGCAUCCUUUGAUGCUGCUACAUCUACAUGGACUGUUACUUUCAACUCUACCGGCGAAACUUAUAAGACCACAUACCUUAUUUUAGCCACUGGGCAUUUACAUACACCCAACUACCCCGACAUCAAGGGUCUUGAGAAGUUUGCUGGUCCAGUUUAUCACACAGGUGUAUGGCCUGAGCACCGUGAUCUCAAGGGCAAGAAGGUCGGUGUCAUAGGCACGGGAUCAUCUGGAGCUCAGCUCAUGGUCAAUAUUGCUGAUGAUGUUUCACAUCUGGUUUCCUUCCAGCGGUCGUCACAGCAUGUGGUACCUCACAAUAACGGACCUAUCUCAGCUGAAGAAAGAGAAUUUGUCAAUAGCAACUGGGAUGAAAUUUGGAAGACAGUCGACAACCAUCCUCUUGGGCAGAACAUACCGUUUCCGAAUACUCCAACUAUGAGCGUCAGCGCGGAGGAACGUGAGCGUACCUGGGAGGAAAUUUGGAACGGAACAAACGGAGUCGCCUUUAUGUAUGGCCCAUUUGGGGACAUUGUUACAAGCGAAGAGGCCAACCGAGAGCUGUGCGCUUUUUUCGAGAAGAAAAUUGCCCAGUAUAUUUCUGACCCCGAUAAGCUUAAGAAGCUGACGCCAACUGAACUCUACCUCAAGCGCCCUGUUACAAUGACAGGAUAUUACGAGACGUUUGCCAAGAAACACGUCGACAUCGUCAACUACCAAUUCACACCCCUUGUUGAAGCUAACGAAAAGGGCCUCUUAACCACUGAGAAGCAGUGGGAUCUGGAUGUUAUCAUUCUGGCAACUGGCUAUGAAGCCAUGGACGGCAGCCUCAAGCGGAUCAAUCCAAUUGGCACACACGGUACCUUGAACGAGACCUGGGCUAAGGGCUCAACUUCUUACCUUGGACUCAGCGAGGUCGGAUUCCCCAACAUGUUCUUCUCCAUUGGCCCUCAGUCACCAAUCGCCAAUAUCCCUCCUAUCAUUGAGGUUCAGGCCAACUUCAUCGCCGGACUCAUUGCAAAGGCAGAAGCCAAGAAGAAGGAGAACGGCGACAACAAGAUUGUCCUUGUUGAGGCGGAGGAACAAGCCAAGGAUGGCUGGCUGAAGAAGUGCCUCGAGGUAGAAGAGGGCAGCUUGAUCAAAACGGUCAAGUCUUUCAUCACCGGCAACUUUGUUGAAGGAUCGAAUGUGCCUGUUCAUUCUUGGCUAGGUGGUUUCCACACCUACCAACGCUUCAUCAAAGAUGUGACAGAUAACGAUUACGUUGGAUUUAAACUUACAAAUUAG